GAUCUCGGUCCCCCGCCCAAGCGGCAAACAGACAAUAUGCCCACGCCGGCUUCGAUAGAGAAUCAAAAGCAGGCUUACGCCAGGGCUCUUGACCAGCAGCUUGAGUCGGGAACGCGGACAAUCAAUGAGCAGAAGAAUCAAGCGCUGGACAUUCUGCGCAACGCUGCAGAAGAGAAGAAGAUGAAGUACACUAUGCAGCUAGAAGAGCAGCUCCUGCAGCAGGAGUUCGAGCUGGAUGAGCAGUGCCACCAGCAGAUCAUGCAGCUUCAGCAGGCAGCGUUUCAGCAGAAGUCCCAGCUCGAGCAUCAGGCCAGCACUCUGAUCAUGGAGUUCAAGCAACGUCAGAUGCAGGAGCAACUACAAAAUCGGCUCUACCAGCAGAAGCUGAAGAUGUACCAGAUGCGACAGGCACAACGCCCGGGUGGCCAGGGACCUCCCUAG